UUAUAGAACACGCCAAUCUCGCGAGAUCUGUCCCUGGAUCUCGCCAGCCAGAGUUAGCGGGAAGAAAGACGUGUUUCGAGCUGGGGUUGUGAAAAGAAGGGUGGCAGCACAAAGCAAUGGGGAGGUGGUGGAAAAAAAGAAGGUGGCACAGUUAUGGCGGAUGGGACAGAGAAGACCGCGAAUAUGGCUGGAGAAAAAGCAAAAAGAAAAGUCGAAAAGGCACAUCGCAUUACUCUGCGUCAAAUGCGUACAUGCGCAAUCUCGACCUCUCAUUCAUACGUGGACCAUCUCCAUUCGGCAGCGGUGAUGUCAUAGGACACAUGGUCAAUCAUGUUGACGAUAUGGUUGAAGCAGUGGAGCCCGAUGAUUACUUGGACAAUGAAGUACUAUUUGGCACUAUGAAGGGAACAGUGGUGGGACUGCAGUAUUAUAGAGGCACAGUGAACACAGGUGAAAUGGUCUCUUUGGUCCGUGAGCCCCACAACAGGUAUGACGUUAACGCGGUGAGAGUGGACAAUGUGGGCAGUGUCCAGGUGGGGCACAUCAAGAGGGAACUGGCCGCAGCUCUCGCACCCAUCAUGGACCAGGGGAUAGCCAGAGUGGAAGGUGUUGUACCAUAUGGUAGUAAAAACAUGUACAGCAUGCCGCUAGAGCUGAGCUUCUGGGGACUCCCAGAGAACAGACUGGGUUGUGUUAACAAGCUUAGAUACUAUGGUCACUACUUGAAGGAGACCCCCGGGACAUCCAAGACGGGGGUAGGAGCUGGACUGACCCUGGGGAGUCCACUGUCCACUAGGGUCUGCUUGACCCAGGCUGAGAUGAAGGGACAGUUGGACAAAUUAUUUGAAGAUUUAAAGCAGUAUGAUACAACAAAAACUGCUGAACCAGCCAAGGCCAUUUCUACACCACUCUUCCCACACCAGAAACAAGCUCUUCAUUGGAUGAUACAAAGAGAAAGUGCGACCGAGCUGCCACCAUUCUGGAAGAAAACCAAAGAUGGCAGAUACUUUAAUUCGGUGACAAAUUACGCCAAGGAGCAGAGACCUCAAAGCGUACGCGGAGGAAUUCUAGCUGAUGAUAUGGGCCUUGGGAAAACGCUGCAGAUGAUUGCGCUGAUCGUGACCAAUUUUGUAGAUGAUAAGCCGCUAGCGGAGCGUGUACCAGGAAAUAUCAGAAGUUCUCGGCUUGAAAAAGAUGCCAGAAUCCAAGCCAACAGGAGCAAGGGGUACAAGACAGAGAAGAAUACAAUCAAGAAAAAGCUGAAGAUGCGUGGCAUGGCCACCAGUUCUAGUAAAACUGAUGAAGUGACUCUGGUACCUGAGGGAAGUUCUGAGGAUGAGGAGAUUCUCUCUGAUGAUUGUGUGUCUGAUGAAGACAGCUCAGAAGAGGAGAGUCAGAAGGCGUCCAGUACAGUGAUGAUACUAAAAGAGGACCCUGAGUUUAAACCGAAAGGUUCCGUCCAACCACAGGGCACUUCUAAUGCGAGGUCACGACCAAGAAGAAAUGUAGGUAAACCUGUGAAGUACACAUCAGACAGUGAGGAUAAAAUAAUGUACCUCUCCGACAGUUCCACUGAGAGCACAAAGAAUACCAAAGCAUCAAAGAAUAAAGGCAAAGGCAAAAAGAGCAGUCCUUCGGUGAAUGUGGAACCUUUUUCAAACUCGCCUUCUGAAAACUCAUCGCCUGAAAUGAACACAGUUGCAAUACAUAAUGACAAGCAGUGUAAUACUCUACCUCGGACUUUAGAUGCCACCGUCUCUCUUACUGGUGCUACAGUCUCUCUUACUGGUGCUACAGUCUCUCUUACUGGUGCUACAGUCUCUCUUACUGGUGCUACAGUCUCUCUUACUGGUGCUACAGUCUCCCUGAAUGGCACUGCAGUCAUUCUUGAUGGUGCUUCUGUGUCUUUGGAUGGCGCCCCUGUCUCAAAUGGUGCCCAAACCUCGAAUGGUGCUUCUGUAACACAUGCUGAUACUUUCUCUGUGGACACUGCUACUGUCUCUUUAAAUGGUGCUUCAGUUACUUUAGGUAGUGAUAUAGUCACUGUGAAGGAUGCUACAGUUACUCUUGGUGGCACUACCACCUCUGGGAACGGUUCCAGUGGCAAUAGCAGCACAGUCGUUGCAGGUGGCACUGAAAUCUGUGCUGAAACUGUUCCACUUCCUGAUGGCAAAGUUGUUACAGACCCUGUACGUGAAGGCCUCUCACAGUCUGUGCCUGAAAUUUCUACAAACCCUGUACAAGGGGGCCUAGCAGACACUGUAGGUGAGGUUAUUGCUGAAACUGAGCAAGAAGCCGAUGUGCAAGAAAGGCCAGAUUGUGCACCAGAUGACCCCAAACUGGCACCAAUGCAGGCUGCAGAUAGUGAUGUCAUUGAAGGGCAGGGAUCAAGUGGAUCUCAUCGUGAGCCUGCCCAACCCAGGGGGAGAAGAGGAAGAUCCAAGUCUGCACCAGCACCAAAACCAUCAUCCCCAAAUGUCAAGAGCAGACCCAAAAGAAACAUCAAGAAGCCUGCCAGAUAUGAUGAAGAAGAGAUAUUUGUGCCAGCUAAUAUAAGGAAACUAAUUCACCAGACUGACCCAGGGGUGGAACAAAAGGAUUACCACUGUCAGAUACUUACCAAGAAAGGCAAACAUGGGAGAAAGUCAACCACUGUCUUGGAAGGUAAUACAGAGUGCCAAGACCCAGAAGAAUCAACUUUAAACAUCCAAUUCAAGGAACCACGGCAAGAUGGUACUAUUCCAACCCAGGCAGACGCAUCAUCUGAGAAAAAUAAAGAAGUUCAUAAACCAGAUCUGGUAUCUCAGGCUCUGGUGCCUGUUGGAAGCCCUGGCACAGGUCCAGUAUUAACAGUGAGACUGGAGAAUAUCAGGGUGAGAUCCGAGGACCCUGUGGCCACACACUCCACCCCUGUCACUAACGGUCAAGGUACCAUCAUCCAGAACCAGCCAGGUGUGUCCACCCUCCAGCUGACCAACACCACCUUCAAGAGAACCGUCCUGCCGAGCUGGCGUCCAGAGAAAAUUGCUUCUGGUCAACCACAGCCACUGCCUCCGUUGUCCAGUGUGUCCAAAACAAUCACAGGUGACCAAUUCAGACAUAUUAAGCAUGGUACAGGUCCUGUGGAGAUGUCCAGUGGACAAACCACCAAUGUAACUGACCAGUCCAAGUGGCCAAAGACAGAACCAGCCACACCAGAAUCUCCUGUGCCCCCAUGUGUUGGAGUGGAGACUGAAGUUGCCACAACCCCAUACUCCUUGAAGAAGGAAAAACCCUGUAACUCUCCCUUAGUGAAGCAGGAAUUCAGCUUGAAGAAGUCACGGAAGAGGAAGAGUGCCCCUUUUAUACCUGGUGCCAAAGUCCAUCCUUUGCCAAAUUUACCACCCCUGCCAAGUCUUGAGUUGCCAGAUCUUGAUGCUGACGUCUCCAGUGGUAAGAAGAGGAAAGGCACAGUGUCUGCUCCCAUAGUGAUAGAUGAAGACUCUCUACCAGAUGUGGACGUGAAAGAGAACAUUCAAAAUAAAAGUCCAG